AUGGUAGCAUCAUUUUUAAUUCCGGACUGUCUGGAAACGAUAUUUUCAAACCUUCUUGUCAAAAAUCCGAACAAUUAUAUUUAUAUAUCAACUAGAGACAUACAUUCCUGCGCGUUAGUUUCAAGACAUUGGUGUCUAUUCUCGAUACCAUUCUUAUAUGCUUAUCCAUUUCAUCAUUUAGCUUUUUCAAAAUCUAAUUGGAACUACCAUUAUGAAGGAAAUUCAUCUUAUUAUAAAUUAAUUCGUACUUUAUUAAGUUGUAUUCCUAAAUCUGAAAUUGAACAAAUUCGAAUUUCAAAUUCUUUUAAUAUACGAAAGUUAUUAUACUAUAUUCCUUUUUUAAAUAAAAAUUCUUCACCCUCAUAUUCUUCAGCAACUUUUAAUUAUAUUGCUUUUAUUCGUGGUAUAAUCUUUGAUAAAAUAUUAUUAAAUAUAAAUUUAAAGAAAGUAACUGGUAAUUAUCAAAAAAUAUGGUUACCUCCUUAUAUUAUAAAUGAUUUAGAAGAUCAUCAAUUCUCAAAAGUGUCAAUUCCAAUUAUGAAAUAUUUUGUGGAAUACUUAUGCAAACAUUGUAAUAAUUUAACAACAUUGGAUUUUCCAUUUGCAAUAUCAAAUGAUAAUUUAUCUGAUAAUAUAAUUAACUUGUUAACUUUUAGUGAUGAUAAUGGAAUAAAUAAUUUAACUAAUCUAAAAGAAUUAAGUUGUAUUUAUAAUGAAGAUAUAAGUAGAAAAAAAGGAAAAUUACCAAAGGAUCUUUAUUUUGCUCUUUCAGAUAGCAUUUGUAAUCUAAAUUUACUAUGUAAUGAAAGAAUAGGAUCUUCUCGUGAGGCAAAUUCAUUAUCAAAAUUUAUUUCUUCGCAAAAAAAUUUGAAACAUGUUAAAUUAUCAGAAAAUAAAAUGAUUUCAUAUUAUAGUGAUGCUAUUUGUGGAUACUAUAAUAUUGUUUUUAAUUCAUUAUCAACACAAAGUGAAAGUUUGCAAGUAUUAGAUUUUGGGUAUUUAACCUUUCAUAAAAUCAGUAGGGAAGCCUUGAAUUCAUUAUGUUUACUUAAAAAUAUCAAAGUGUUAAAAUUACGUAAUUGUACAAUAGAUAAUUAUUUAAAUGCUUGGGCAGAAAAUUUAAAACUUGAGGUUUUUGAAUUUUAUGAUUAUAAUAUUUCAUAUACGUUAAAAACCUUUUUAAUUCAAUUAAUUCGGUCUUCUUCCAACACUUUAACUAAGUUAAUAUUGAAAUACGUUGAAGAUAUAGAUGAUCAAAUAGUCCAACAAGUUCCACUUUAUUUACACUCUAUAAUUCAUUUAGAAAUUCCUAAAGUUUGCCCAGAUUUGUUAACUAAUAUAUUUGAAUCAUGCACUGAAUUAAUUUAUCUUAGUGCAACAUUAUCAGAUGAUAAACCAUGGGAAAAUUGUAGAAAUUUAGGUAAAUUUAUUCCUAAAAAUUUACAAAAAAUUCGAUUCGGAUAUUUCCUAUUGAUUAGUAUUAAUGAAUUUAAAUUCUUUCUUGAAGAGAGUAAAAAUAGUAAUAGAAAGUUAAAAUAUAUAGAAAUAGUAAAUUGUGAUAUUGAUGAGUAUUUAAAUGUUGCUAAUGAAUUUGGUGUGGAGCUGAUUAAAGUAACUGAUUUAUAUGAUUAG